CCCGCCUGCCAGCGUCCCCCCUCACCCUUGCUUCCACAUCUCUUCUUCUCUCUCCCACCAAUGGCGGUUUGAUCCGAUCCCCUCCUCCUCCCUUGAAGCACACGACGCCUCGAAGCUCUUCCUCCACCUCCCCACUGGGCUGGACUGGAGAUCCGUCUCUUCUGAUUUGACGAUAUGGCUGAUAAUGAGAAAGAGGUGGUUGAGGGAACCACCCCCCGAGGAGCGGACUGGGAAGUGGUGACUCUCACAGCAUCUGCCUAUGAAGCAGCGCCAGGGCCCGGUGGGGCUGAAAGCAAGUCUACAGCAGGGACCAAAGGUCUUGACACAAGUAAUUCAUCUGAUGCAUUGCUCAUGUCUCAUCACUUUGUGUUUCCUCCAAGUGAGCAUGAGAACCUACCAAUACACACCAGUGUCGAUGAGAUACAGCCCGAGAAGGAUGUGCAGGAAUCAAGCACCAGCGUUGAAGAUUAUAGUUUCAAGAAUAUGGCAGGAAAGAAUGAUGCUGGUUCUGAGAGAAUUCAGUUCUAUGAUGAAGAUAAAAACCUCUCAGUUGAUGAUGUGGAGAUGAGAGACGGCGUGCCUGCGUACGGUUCAUCUCACGCCGAAGAUGAUGGACAUGAUUUUGUUGCUCGUGAUGAUGACAAUGAGGCUGUUGAUGAUUCUGAUGACAAAUUGGAUCAGACUUCAAAACCUGCAGCCAGCAAGAGCCGCGAUGCUGGUGCCUCAUGUAAAUGCUGGUUGAAGAAGCAUAUGACCUGCCUGUAUCACCAAGCGAAGGAAACAAAUGCUAUAUGGUCCGUGGUGGUUGCAGCUGCGCUGGUUGGGAUUGUGAUUUUAGGACGUUGGCACAAAGAUAAACUGCACCUUGACCAGCUUAAAUGGCGCUCUGGCUCAGCAGUGAGAGGAUUAUCAACAGGUGGCCGUCACUGAUAGCUCUGAUGAGUCUUCGCAAGUCACCUAAAGUCGUAACCAAGAUGGUUGUUGCAAUAUGAAUGUGACAUGAUGAAAAGGAGUAUAUCCAAUGGUUGUUGCAAUAUAAAUGUGACAUGAUGAAAAGGAGUAUAUCCAAUGUAAUAAUAUGAUCUUUGACUGGGGUUUUUACUAGCAACCUACAAUGAGUGCCUUGCGGGCUUCUAAGA